AUGAGAUCAAACGCGAGGUAGAUGCACCGUCAAUUACAAGCACUUGGACAAGUCUAACUUUUUUUUCUUUUACAAAUACGCUUUCAAAAGCAACCUUAGCAACAACGCCCAAAUGAGAAGCCACCUUUAAGCAAAAUAGUAUAUAUAUAAAGGGAGGGCGAGUAUAUAUAUAUAUUUAUAAUAGAUAUAUAUAUGCAUAUUACAGAAGCACAGGUUGACACCCAGUGAACUUUUUCUUUUCUUUUUUUAAAAAACUAGUGACAUUGCAGAGAAGGACUCUUCCUAUCUUUUGGUGCGUUAGCGAAGGGGGUAUUCUAUUUUCUUAAAGCGCCCAAGGGGGCGCAGGGACCUCGGAGAGAAGAGUGGGGAGGAAAGAGGAAGGGUGUGUGGGGGGCAGAGGGUGAGUCGGCGGCGAGGGAAAGAGGUUUCUUGAGACACGAUGCAGUCCCUGCUGGUGCUCACUUUCUCCGCGUGCGUCCUGCUCGGCUGGGCGUUGCUGGCCAGCGGCACGGGUGGCGGUGGCGGUGGCGGCGGGGGCGCGGGCCCAGGCGGCGGGCGCCGGGAAAGAGAGGCGCUGCCGCCGCAGAAGAUUGAGGUGCUCGUGCUGUUGCCCCAGGAUGACUCGUACUUGUUCUCUCUGGCCCGGGUGCGGCCGGCCAUCGAGUACGCUCUACGCAGCGUGGAGGGCAACGGGACAGGGAGGCGGCUUCUGCCGCCGGGCACUCACUUCCAGGUGGCCUACGAGGACUCGGACUGCGGCAACCGUGCACUCUUCAGCUUGGUGGACCGCGUGGCUGCAGCGCGGGGCGCCAAGCCCGACCUCAUCCUGGGACCGGUGUGCGAGUACGCGGCAGCGCCGGUGGCCCGACUUGCGUCGCACUGGGACCUGCCCAUGCUGUCGGCCGGGGCACUGGCCGCCGGCUUCCAGCACAAGGACACUGAGUACUCGCAUCUCACGCGCGUGGCGCCCGCCUACGCCAAGAUGGGCGAGAUGAUGCUCGCCCUGUUCCGCCACCACCACUGGAGCCGUGCCGCGCUGAUCUACAGCGACGACAAGCUGGAGCGGAACUGCUACUUCACUCUCGAGGGGGUCCACGAGGUCUUCCAGGAGGAGGGUUUACACACGUCCGCCUACAAUUUCGACGAGACCAAAGACCUGGACCUGGACGACAUCGUGCGCUAUAUCCAGGCCAGUGAACGAGUGGUGAUCAUGUGUGCGAGCAGCGACACCAUCCGGAGCAUCAUGUUGGCAGCACACAGGCACGGCAUGACCAGCGGAGACUACGCCUUCUUCAACAUCGAGCUCUUCAACAGUUCUUCCUAUGGAGAUGGCUCGUGGAAGAGAGGAGACAAACACGACUUUGAAGCUAAGCAGGCGUACUCGUCCCUUCAAACAGUCACCCUACUGAGGACAGUGAAACCUGAGUUUGAGAAGUUUUCCAUGGAAGUGAAAAGUUCUGUUGAGAAACAAGGGCUCAAUGAGGAGGAUUACGUGAACAUGUUUGUUGAAGGAUUUCACGAUGCCAUCCUCCUCUACGUCCUGGCUCUACAUGAAGUACUCAGAGCUGGUUACAGCAAGAAAGAUGGAGGGAAGAUCAUCCAGCAGACUUGGAACAGAACGUUUGAAGGUAUUGCUGGACAGGUGUCCAUAGAUGCCAACGGAGAUCGCUACGGGGAUUUCUCUGUGAUCGCCAUGACGGACACCGAAGCGGGCACCCAGGAGGUUAUUGGUGAUUACUUUGGAAAAGAAGGUCGUUUUGAAAUGCGGCCGAAUGUCAAAUAUCCUUGGGGCCCUUUAAAACUGAGAAUAGAUGAAACCAGAAUUGUGGAGCACACCAACAGCUCUCCUUGCAAAUCAUCAGGUGGCCUAGAAGAAUCAGCGGUGACGGGAAUUGUCGUGGGGGCCUUGCUAGGAGCUGGUUUGCUGAUGGCCUUCUACUUUUUCAGGAAGAAAUACAGAAUAACCAUUGAGAGGCGACACCAACAAGAAGAAAGUAACGUUGGAAAACAUCGGGAGUUACGGGAAGAUUCCAUCAGAUCUCAUUUUUCGGUGGCUUAAAGGAAGCCCUUUUUUUUUUUCUGCCUGAGAUUCUUUAAGGAGAUAGAUGGGAUGAAAGACAUCGAUGAAAACAGAAGGGGCGUUCUUGAAGAAUUCAUUCUUUUAAGCAAUUAGUCAUUUCGUUUUAAAAUUUCUUUAGAAGCUCAGGAAUACUAUUAAUCAGCAUCUGCCUCCCAGCCUUUCAUCUCAUGACAAACAAAUAUAAGGAUAUAAUGUCACUCUGUCAAAUGUUCAUACUGUUUAAAGGGCGUAUCAUUAGAUUUAUGUUUUUAAAAUCUGAUGUCUCCAUAUCUUGAUGGCUUUUGGGGGCA